UAAAGAAAGGCAAACAAAAGAGGAGGAGAAAAAUCUCCGCACCUGACCUGACCUCGCUUCCUCUCCGUUGCUCCCUUUCCCCUCCCGUCUGCGAUCCAUCGCUACGACUCGACUGAAGAAGCAACCGUCCCCUCCUCGCUGAACGAUGGAGCCUGACCAGAGUGGUAACGAGCAGAGCUCUCCACGCGGGAACGAUUGGGAAGUUGUGCAACUGACUGCAUCAGCAUACGCAUCUGCACCUGCUUCAAGAAGACUUGAACCUUCUGAGGAGGCUGAAGCUAAGAAGUAUGGCCCAAAAGGGGAUGAUGAUUCAGCGGCUGCACUGUUGAUGUCUGGCCAUUUCUCGGUGUCUCGGAAUGAAGUUGAGAGCCUCCUCAUAGGCACAGACAGCAAGGAGCGACAGAAGGAGCUUUGCAGCCAAGAUGCAGUUUCUGACGAGUGUAAUGAUGAGAAGUACCAAGAAACCUGCAAGCAUAAGUUGAAGGAUGACCUUCCCAGGAUUCCAUCCUUCGACAAAGGGAAAAGCCUUUCCUUGGUUGAUAUGGAGUUUGAUGAUGGCAAAACAUUGCAAGGCAUGAGUUUGGUUGGGGAAGAGCCUGUUGGGUUUUCACCACCUGGUUACAGCGCCAUCGAUGCUGAAAAGGAUUUAAGCUGGUCAGCUACUGAGAGUAAAAAUGAGAAGAAAACUGAGGAGUCAACUUUGCACAAAGUGAACCCCAUCACUGGUUCAUCAAAGGCUGUUGCAUCUGGUGAACAGAACAAACCUGAUGGUUCUGGAUUCCCACGUGAUGCCUGGUUGAAGAAGCAACUUUUAUCACUGUACAAGAAUGCAAAGGAAAGUAAUAAGUUCUGGCCUAUAGUUGCGGCUGCUGCUGCUUUGAUUGGCAUGGCGUAUUUUGGGCGGCGCUGGCAAAAGGGCAAGUUGCAGCUUCAGCCUGUCAAAUUGCAACCUUCUAGCAGCAAGGAGAAAAUUAAUCAUGCGGUUGGACCUUUAAACCGUAUCAAGGACAUUCUUGUUGCCGGCAAUUACCAAAGUCCCGGUGUGCAUGGACAUGCCUGACUGAGCUGAAUGUAAUGAAUCCUUAAAGCCUUCGAAAUCCUCAAUCCACAAGAUAUUAUGUAUCCGCUCGAGACAUUGGCUCAAAAUGAAGAUAGUGGGGGCAAAAUUCGAGCAGUCAGUCAAGGUUUGAGGAUGUUUAUGCAAGUAUGUGUGAAUUCCAAAAAUCCUUUUGGAUAUGUAAAUAUACGAGUUUAGUGUGAUUGGCUCUUAUUAUUAUUUUAAUUUCAUCAAACCUCCUCUGGUUUUCCGUGUAGUGCUGAAAUCAACUUCUGUACCUAUGGUAACUGAUUCAUGGUGUCAUGUUUGGGGUUGCUGAAGAAACAUGAGUAUGACUGUGCUA